GUUGUGCAUGUGUACUAGUAUGUGUGUGUGAUGUGUGAGUUGUGUAUGGGCAACUUGUUCCAACUUGUUCUCGGCAUGUCUCUCGCCGUUCUCGACCACGCGAUGUUAUGGUUUUCUCGCUUUUAUCCAAGCUGCUGUUUUUUUCUCACCGACCUGCCUUUCGUCAAACGUUCUGACGUUUUUGCAUCAGCAUCUUCCGCCAAUUCUGCAAAAAUCGAAUUGUCAACCGCUAUCGAAUUGAUUGGAUUAACUUUUUUAAAAUACACCGGGAUCAGCUGGACAGUUCCCUGUAGUGCCUGCGUGUAAUUUAUCAACAGUGAACUGGGAAGUGGGCGGUUCAGUGUGGAUUACGCGUCAUUUUAACGUUGCUGCAUUCUUUGCGACUUCUUCGCUGGAAUUCGCUUGCACAUCUUCUGCAUGUGGAAUAAUCUUGUGGAGUAGAUAAUUUGGGAGGUUAUGUGAAUUCACUGUCGGCACACAGCGGUAUGGAUGAAGGAGGUCAAUCGACCAGUAAGGUGGAUGGAUUUUUAUUGAUAAUCGAUGAGUGUGGAAAAAUCAUUUACGUCUCCGAAUCCGUCGUUACGCAUUUGGGCUUCAGCUACUUGGAGUUGAGCGGGUAUUCGUGGUUCGCGCUCGUCCAUCCGGACGAUCAAGUGCACUCGCGGACGCACUUUAAAGAGGCCGUGGCCAAAUGCGCACAGGCGCAGCACUCCGUCAGCAGUGCCAGUGCCGGCAGUCCCGCCGCCAGCAACGCCGCGUCCGCCUCCUCCCCUGCCGGCAACGCGCCCUCCUCCUCCACCGUCAACGCUCACGAUCUCACCGACCCCUCCGCCACCGAUGCCCAGGGUGGCACGCGGCGUGACCUGCGAUCUCCCGUCAGCCAGCCCUCGCCGCCGGCCUCCAGCCGCUCCCAGUGCACCUCCCUGAGUGUCCGGCUCCUGCAGGGCCUCAACCGGGCGCCCAGCAUGGCCAGUUCGUCGCCGCACCUCACCGGCCGGCGUUCCUGCACGCCGACGAUCAACCGCAGUAUCAGCGCCCCCGCCGACAUGCCGCACCGGUUGUCCAACGGGCAUCCUACCAUUCCGCACACCUACCGCCACUUCCACUUCUCCGGCAUCGUCCGGCCCCUGAAAACCGACAAAGAUCCCAACCAGCCCGGUGCGCGGCAGAACAUCGUCUGGGUGGCGGUGGCGCGUCCGGUGGUGCCGCUGUCCAACGGGCACGGUCAGCCGGCAGCGGAAACGGUCAGCAGCGCAUCGGCCAUGCACUUCGUCAUCCGGCAUGAUACCAACGGGUACAUCACGUCCGCCGACGAACGAUGCCGGCAGUUUAUCGGGCACGCACCGGACCAACUCGUCGGCUCCUGCCUGUACGAUCAUCUGCCCAGCGAGGAUAUCCCGCUCCUGCGAUACCAGUAUGAUCAAUUGUCUUCCCACAAGAGCGAAUCCAUCGCCGUCAUCUGCCGCUUCCGGCACCCGGACGCCGCCGCGCCCCCGCCUCCCGACGCCACCACCCCGCCGGACGCCGCCCCGGCCUUCACCUACCUCAACUGCCGCGCCUACCUGGCCCUGAACCCCGCCAGCAACCGGCUGGACGAGGUGGUCACCCUGGCGGCCCCCCUGCGCCCCGCCGAGGGGGAGGCCGCCUUCGCCCGCCAGCAGCGCGCCCCGCCCAAGUCCACCUUGGAGGGGGUCCGGGGCGGAUCCCCGCUGCAGCACAGCCCCGACAGCAGCCGGCCGCGCAGUUCCCCCUGGACGGCCACGCCCCGCGAGAUCGAGGUGGGCGUGGACGUGAUUGACAGCCAGUGCAGUCCGUCGAAAUUGUCGGAGAUGGAUGGGCAGGGGGGCUCGGCGGGCGGGGUCAAUGUGUCGCCACGGAGCUGCCAGACCAAUGUCUCGGGAACGUCGCCCCAGGGGGUGGAGAGCGGGGAAGGGGGGCCGGUGACGUCACCUCAAGGACAAGAAUUUGCGAUGGGAGCAGGGAAUGAAGAGAAGCGCGGCAGUGUGCCGCUGCAGACGGAGAAAGGUCACGGAACGGAUGUCGUCUAUGAGGGCCAGAAGGAGGGCAGCGGUGCCGGCACGCCGCGUCCCAACCAGAAUGGUGGAGAGGAGCGCGCGGAGGAGCGGGGCAUGGUGCGCAGUGUCUUCCACGAACAGUUACGCGACAAGCACCGCUUCCUGGAGCGCAGCAUCGCCUCGCAGCAGCAGCACCUCCAGCAGCUGCAGAUGCGCUUAAUGGCGCUGGUCAACGAGGGCGCCGCCAGCAUCUCCGCCUGCCCGCAGUCGCCGCUGCCCGUGCCCUUACCGCUGCAACGCCCACUACAUAAAGUCAUGCAGUUACAGGCGCGGCUGAUGUCGCACAAGGAGCAGACGCACGUGCAGCGCGCCCGCAUGGAGGAGGUGCAGAUGCGCCUGCAGAAUGAUCCGCAGUUCCACGCCGGCUUGAAGAAGGACGCCGCGGGCCACGGCAGCCCGACCAUGCUGAACCACACCGUCUCCGCGCCCAAUCUGUCGUCUCUGGAUUACAACGGCCGCGCCACACCGCGCUCCGGAGGCGGUCACUCACCCAGGACGCUGCAUAACGCCAGCGGCGCGGAGGAUCCGCAGCGCGCCAGCGGCGCCGUCUCGCCGCCCUUCGUCGACAUGAGCUCCAAGCCGGCCGCCGCGGGCGGUGACGGCGGCCCACCGCCCCCGUCCGGCGGGGACCUGCUGGGCGGCGACCUGCAGCUGGACACCGCCGGCAGCGCCACCUUCAGCCAGUCCGCCCUGGACUUCGAGGAGGGCCUGCUGGAGCUGGAGAAUCUGCUCAAAUUCGACUUUGACUUCCCGCGCACGCUCCACCCCGCCGGCACCGAAUGAAGUCUGCCUUGGAGACCGGCAAAAAAGAAUUUCUAUUAAUUAUGGCGAAAUGGAAAAGGAAUAUUAUGCAGUGUAUAUGGAUGUCGCUUUCAACUGGAACUGUUCUGCCUUAAACAGGAAAAUGUGUAUUAUAUUCCCGUGAAGUUUUUCUGCGAAUUUCCGGUGAAUUUUUAUACAGUAGUACGGUAUCUUCUACAUAGACUUUAAUAUAUAUUUGUUAAUAAAGAUAUUUCAGUUUACGUGAAUAAAUUAAUAAGUUGUACGAGUGAAUUUUGGCCGA